UGCCAGACGAGUUUUAGUCGAGCCAGUGCUAACUUACAAAACAUAAAUUAUAUAAACAUAAAAUAUAUAUUUUUACCUCGUUUUUCAAUAGCAAUUAUAAAAUACAUUAUAGAUUAAUUAAUUAAGUGCAGUGCAAACAACAAAAAAAAAGUGUGAACAAUUAUAAAUUAAAUGUGUGUUUAAUUAUCAAAACAAAAAAGAUAAUUUAAUAAUAAUUAUUUUGAGGUAGUGUUCGUAUGAUAUAUGUUUUGUGUUAAAAAAAUUGACAAGUUAUAAAUAGCAAUAAUAAUAAUAACUAAAUAUUACCUGCAAGUAUUAGUUAUUACACCUGCCGUUAUAGGUAGCGAGGCGCCACUUAAAUGUUGCAUGUGUGCCGGUUAUCCAUCAUGGUCGCGAAUAAGAAUAUUUUUUGAUUCGUUGGUUUGUGGUCACGUGAGAUGGUAAUUGGUAUCUAGUGGGCGGGAUCAUGUGUUGUUCAUCGACUCGCGUACAAAAUUUUUUAGUUUGAGUGAUCCAAAAGAUUCUACUUGUUCUUGGCUGUUAGUAAGUGAUCCAGUGAAAAAUUUAGAAAAAAAAAUAUUGACAAGAGUGACUAAGAGUAAAUAUAUUGUCAUAAAUUUAAAUGGAGUAUAUUCAUAAUAUUAUCAAAAGUGUGAGUAUUAUUUCAAAGUAUUAGAGCUUUGAUGGUGAAUUGAAAAAAAAAAAAAAAAUCAAGUGUAAUUAAAAAGUUGAAUUAGUUUGAAAUAUUUUGCCAUCAAAAUGAGUUCAUUUUUAAUGAAUCCAUCAGCUACAGGUGGUUACCAUCAGCAGCAUCAACCAUUAUCACAUCAUUUAUCAGCACCAUCAGUUGUUGUUGAUCCUGAAUUUCCACCAAGUGAAGAAUACAGUCAAAGAAAUUACAUUCCAUCAGCAAGUGUUGAUAUAUUUAGUGGUACACAUCAUUUAAGUCAUCCCCAAUCACAUCAAUUGCAAUAUGGCUAUCAUCAGCAUCAUCAUCAAGCUGUAUCAACACCCUAUGCAGCAUCAACAGGAGUAUCUUUGAAUGGUGGAUAUACACCAUACAGUAGUUAUUACACUUCUCAUCAACAAACUCAUGCUAUACAUAAUACAGGAUUACAUCCUCAUCAUCAUGCUGUUGGUGCUGUAUCAAUGCCACAAGAAGCACAACAGCCACCAUUAUCAUGUUUAUCAUCAUUACAAAAUUUACAUAUACAGCAACAACAACAACAACAACAAUUACAAGAUCAGCAUCAACAACAACAACAGCAACAACAACAAUUACCUCAGUCUGCAACUACAACACAUGUAUCAGCAACAUUGUCAUCAACACUUUUACCUAGUCAUGUACAAUCAUCAGAUGCUCUUCAUCAUCAGCCACAACAAACACAAUCUCAGCAACAAUUGGAUAAUAACACAUGCAGUCCGACGGGUGAAAGAAAUAAUUCUCCUGAUCAAACACUACAAUCACAGUCUGUUCAACGCUCUGGACAAUUGCAUAAUGCUCUUAAACAACAACAAGCAACACAACAACAGCAUCAUUCUGAUGAUAGAUCUGAUCUAGAUGACAUGGAUGAUGAUAUGUUAGAGUCUCCAGGCAUGCUUGAUGAUGACGAUGAUGAAGAUGAAAAUGGCGAACGAGUUGUAUAUCCUUGGAUGAAAAAAAUUCACGUUGCAGGAGUUGCAAAUGGAUCUUUUCAGCCUGGAAUGGAACCAAAACGUCAACGUACAGCAUAUACACGUCAUCAAAUACUUGAAUUAGAAAAAGAAUUUCAUUUCAAUCGUUAUUUAACAAGAAGAAGAAGAAUUGAAGUUGCCCAUAUGUUACAUUUAACAGAACGCCAAAUAAAAAUAUGGUUUCAAAAUAGACGAAUGAAAUGGAAAAAAGAUAAUAAACUACCAAAUACAAAAAAUGUUAGACGAAAAACAUCAAGUGGACAAUCGUCUAAAAAAAAAACAAAAAAUAGCACAAUAACAAGUAGUAAUAAUAUAAAUAAUAAUAAUAAUAAUCAACGAAGAAAUAAUAAUUCACCAUCAAGUGGAAUGGAGAGUAGUUUGGAUGGUAGUAUUAGUCUUGAUAUUGGUGACGUUAGUAGUGGUAUUAAUACUGGUCAGUCACACUCACUUGAUAGUCAUUCAAAUUUUCAAGGUCAUCAAAAUUCAUUGGCACACAUUCAAUCACAGCUGAGUCAUCAUCAUAUUGGAACAAUGAUGGAUAAUACAAUUGGUACAAUGAGACAAAUGAGUACUGGUAAUAUAAGUCCACUUGCACCAGCAACAACACCACCUGGAUUAACAAAUAAUGUUGCAUCAAUAACAAUUAAACCUGAUUAUGAUUUAACUGCAUUGUAACGUAAAUCAUUGUUAACUAUAUGAAGCUCAAACUCAGCGACCUGAAAAAAUAUCGUUGAAAAUAUCAAUAACGUCGAUUUGUCUUAUCAAUUAUUAUCAAGAUGAAGGAAAAAAGUGUUCUGUAUAUUAUUGUACCAAUGAUGACUCCAUGAUGAUUUUAUGAUUUGUAAAUUUUAUGACUCUUUUUUGAGGUUUUGUUUUAUCGAUAAAUUUGUAAAUUUACAUAUUAUUUGCAACAUUUUUUUAGCUACAUUGAAUCAACUUAUUUGGCAUUACUGUGAUUAGCCAUUUAAACUUAUUUAAAAUAUUUGAAAUAUAAUAUUUUAGUUUAACGUAUAAUUAAAAAUAAUUUAUGACAGGUGACAUUAUUUGAAUAAAUAAAAAACAAUCAAUGGAAAAAUUAAUUUACUUAGUACUAAUAAUAAUUAAAAAAUGAUAAUUUGAAAAAUUAAAGUGUGAAUAAUUUUUAAAUUAUUCAUUUAUUUAUUUGAGUAUUUGAAUAUUUUUCUCAGUGUAAAAUCAGUUUUUAAAAUUAAUUUUAUCAAUCAAGUGUUGCAUAAAAUAUUUGUGCACGUUGUUAAAAAAAAAUAAAAUUCGGUAAAUUAAAAUUAUAUGACAAACCUCUUAGUUUUAUUCAAGUCAAGAUGAAAUAGAAUAAGCUUUUAAUGUGCCAUUAUUUUAUUCAAGUUACAAUUCAAAAAAAAAAUAUGAAAAUUAGUGUAUUUAACAGUGUUUUAUUAGGAGCAAGUAAUGAGACAUAGCUAAUUUUACUUGAAAUAAUUUUAAAAAGAAGAAAACAUUAUUAUUUUUUUUAUUAUUAUCACCGUUGGUUAAAUUUUUAUCUAAACUUGAUAGAAUCAAAUUUGUAGAAUGUGUAUUGAAGCAGUUUAGAUUACUCAUCAAAUUUAAUGUCUAGAUUAGAUUCUUUUCGAUUAGAAAUUUAAUAACCAAAGUGAAAAAAUAUUGUAUAUAAAAAUUAGUUUUAAUUUUAC